UUAUACGCUUAACUCUUUUUUUGCUAGCCUUUCCUUACCAAACCACACUGUAAAAACUUGAAGAGUGCGAGAGUGAGAGAGAGCUUUUCUCUUUCUCAUUAUUGUUGUAGAAAAUCUCUCUUUUUUUUUUUUGGUGAUUGUGAAGAAAAUCAUUGUUAAGUUGUACCAAAUCGUUUUGAGUAGCACCUAAGCAAAACCAGCUGAAAAUGAACGAAGACGCCAAGAGAAGCGUCCCCGGAGCUCCGACGGCCAAGCUCAACUCCGACGACAGAAAACCCUUGUCGGCCGCCGCCACCGCUGCACCAGCCGGAAAGCGUGUGGUCAUCAAGAGCGCUGACAUGUUUGGCGACAUGCAGAAGGAGGCUAUCGACAUCGCCAUCGCUGCGUUUGAGAAGAAUGGUGUGGAGAAGGAUGUUGCAGAACAUAUAAAGAAAGAAUUCGAUAAGAAGCACGGACCCACUUGGCAUUGCAUCGUCGGUCGAAAUUUUGGUUCAUACGUCACUCACGAGACAAACCACUUUGUUUAUUUCUACUUGGAUCAGAAAGCAGUUUUGCUGUUCAAAUCUGGCUAAGGAUUGUUGUGAUGUUGAGAAAGAAGAGAAGGUGAUGAGGCUGUGAUUAUGAUCAUAUGAUUAAAUAGCACUUGUAUGUAUUAUUUGAAAUACUCUACCACCUAAACCAGUUUCUGAACACUCUUGUGCUUAACUUGUAAAAUAUCACUUCCUUUGGCUUUGGACUUUAGAUAUAUGACUUUCCAUCUUUCUAUUGAA